GGCCUGGGGGAGACGUUUCACAGGCUCCAGUGGAACAUCGCAUGAAAGUUCAUUUGUUUGGAGCUGUGUCGUCACCAAGCUGUGCAAAUUAUGCAUUGAGGAGAACAGCAGAUGACAAUGCCGAACAUUUCCCCCAUGAAGUGGUCAAUACAGUAAAGUGUAAUUUUUAUGUCGAUGAUUGCUUGAAAUCAGUGGCCUCAGAGGAGGUGGCAGUGCAAGUGGUCAAGGAUGUGACUGCGCUUUGUCACAAAGGAGGAUUUAAUCUUUCCAAAUGGAUCAGCAACAGCCGAACAGUGCUGCUGUCAAUUGCUGAAGACUGCAGAGCAAAGGAAGUGAUGGAGCUGGAUUUGGAUGUGGACCAGCUUCCGAUGGAUCGAGCUUUGGGGCUACAGUGGUGCAUUGAAACUGACAAAUUCAAGUUUAGAACCUCAGUGCAAGAACAGCCACAGACAAGAAGAGGUAUUUUGUCAGUGGUCAGCUCACUUUAUGACCCCUUAGGUUUUUUGUCCCCACUCACCAUUCCAGCCAAGCUGUUGUUACAGGAGCUUUGUAGGAGAAGCUUGGGGUGGGAUGAAGCUAUCCCCCAUUCUCUCUCCAAGAAGUGGUUUGAGUGGUUGGAGGAUCUUCAGAAGGUGGCUGAAUUCAAUGUGGAUCGCUGUAUGAAACCCAGAGACUUUGGAGACCCUGCCACUGCACAGCUUCACCACUUCUCUGACGCCAGCCAAGUUGGAUAUGGAACAGUGUCCUAUUUGAGACUGGAAAAGGAUGACAGCGUUCAGGUUUCAUUUCUGUUGGGAAAGGCCAGAGUUGCUCCACUCAAGCAGACAACAAUUCCUCGACUGGAACUCACAGCAGCAGUUCUUGCAGUUCGAGUUGACAAGAUGCUUCAGAAGGAGUUGCAACUUAAGCUGGAAAAAUCAGUUUUCUGGACCGACAGCACAACUGUUCUUAAAUACAUCUGUAAUGAAACCAGACGAUUUCAAACUUUCGUGGCAAACAGAGUCUCCUUCAUCAGAGGAGCAUCAGAUACUGAUCAGUGGAGAUAUGUUUGUUCUAAGGAGAAUCCAGCAGAUGAUGCAUCAAGAGGAAUGACGGCAGAUAAUUUCCUGACAGGCAGGAGAUGGAUAAAUGGGCCGAAGUUUCUCUGUGGGCCAAAGGAGGUUUGGCCUAAAUUGGAUGCUGAUCUUCAUGUUAUUCCUGCAGAUGACCCAGAGGUCAAAAGGGAGUUGACUGUAAAUUCUGUUGUUGUGGAUUCUGAAAGUGCCACAGAUCGCCUGCUCUGUUACUUUUCAUCCUGGACGAGACUAAAAAGGUCUGUUGCCUGGUUGCUGAAGGUCAAGAGAACUCUUGUGUUAUUGGGACAGAAGAGAAAGGAGCUGUGUGCCUCUAAAUAUCUCAGCCAGGACAAGCUGGAGCCAAAAGAGCAGGAAGUGAAAAGGAAAAUUCAGAGCUUUAAAGCCACACUCAAAGGACAAAUCUUGACUCCUGAAGAUCUGGAAAAAGCAGAACAGUCAGUCAUUCAGUAUGUACAAGAACACAAAUUUAAAGCUGAAAUUUCCUCAUUGAAGAAUGGUUGUAAAAUUGUUGCAAAAGGGAGUCCUCUGUACAGACUGGAUCCGGUGAUGGAUAAUGGAAUCCUCAGAGUAGGUGGUCGGCUGGAUAAAUCAGCAUUACCAACAGAGUCCAAACAUCCAGUCAUUUUGUCCAAAGAUUUGCAUGUAUCCGUACUGAUUCUGCGUCAUAUUCAUCAUCAACUGGGACAUGCAGGAAGAAAUUACAUGCUGUCCAGGCUGCGGCAGAGGUACUGGAUCAUCAAUGCAAACUCUGCUGCAAGGAAAGUUAUAUCUGACUGUGUUGUUUGCAGACGCAACAGAGGGAAACUCCUUGAACAGAAGAUGGCGGACUUGCCUGAGGAAAGAGUGGUGCCUGAUAGAGCCCCUUUCACAGAUGUUGGAGUUGACUAUUUCGGGCCCAUUGAGGUUAAAAGAGGCAGAAGUCUUCUUAAAAGGUAUGGAGUGCUUUUCACCUGUCUGACUAGCCGUGCUGUGCAUUUGGAGGUGGCACAUAUGUUGGAUACAGAUUCCUGUAUAAAUGCUGUCCGGAGGUUCAUCUGUAGACGAGGCCCAAUCUCCACCAUCAGGUCUGAUAACGGCACAAACUUUGUUGGAGCUAACCGGGAGCUGAAGGAAAGUCUGGCUGGUUUAAAUCAUGGCAAAAUUCAGAGAGCGUUGGUCCAGGAUGGCAUAAAAUGGAGCUUUAACACACCAGCAGCUUCCCAUCAUGGUGGUGUUUGGGAGCGCCUGAUUCGCUCUGUGAAAAGUGUUCUGACUUCAGUUCUCAAACAGCAAAUUCUCGAUGAUGAAGGGCUCCAAACUGUUUUUUGUGAGGCUGAGGCCAUAUUGAAUGACAGACCCAUCACUAAAGUCUCUGAUGACCCGGACGACCUGGAGGCACUCACACCUAACCACAUUCUGAUGUUAAAGGGGAAGCCAAUCAUGCCACCAGGACUGUUUGACCGCAAUGAUUUGUACAUCAGGAAAAGGUGGAAGCAAAUACAAUACAUGGCAGAACUGUUUUGGAAGAGAUGGAUUGCUGAAUACUUACCAAUGAUGCAAGAGAGACAGAAAUGGACAAGACCAAGGAGAAAUCUCGUUCCUGGAGACAUCGUCCUCAUUGCAGACGCUGCAGCCCCAUCUCCCCAUCGAUCUUGGCUGAUGGGGAGAAUCUUGGAUGUGAGAGCAGAUGCAAAGGGCCUGGUACGCUCUGUGCGCCUUCGGACCAGGACCAGCAUUCUGGAGAGGCCUGUGACGAAGCUCUGCCUGCUGUUGGAAGCAGGAAUGUGA